AGGACAGCAGUGACAGCAGCGGUCGCUCCAUUCUGUGCUGGGCCUUCUCAUGAACUCCUGGUUCCAUCAGUGCCCAGGAUAAAUGCUGCGGCGCCGGAAACCAGAAAGGAUGGGGAGCCAUAUAGGGAAAAAGCUGAGGGAGUUCCCCACCCCCAGCAAUGCCCUCGUGGGUGGGGCCCCCAGAGCUCCGGGGAUCAGCAGGGGACCAACAGAGGCCUUGGCAACACAAGCCACAGUGUUGCAGCAACAGGCCAGUAGGUAAGGAGACACUGCAUCUGGGAAGGCCAGAGUCCCUUCGGUCUAUGGAGCAUGCGGCAGCCACAGGCCCCAGGCCAGCGCCCCCACCUGGGGCCAGUGAGAACGUUCUGCCACAAGCGGAGGACUGGACAACCAACCUCAAGACAGAGCUUCUCUCAGAUCUACAGCUGAGUGAGGAGCACCGACUGCAGAUCUCCAAGGAGUUGGUCGACCUACAGAUCACAACACAUCAUCUGCGGGAGCAGCAUGAGGCUGAACUCUUCGAGCUGAAGAGUGAGGUCCUACGGCUGGAGAGCCGGGUGCUAGAGCUGGAACUGCAUGGAGAUUGCACAGCCCCCCUAGAGGCUGGCCUGGGGCACCACCAGGAGCUGGCCCAGGGGCUCCAGCACAAGGCCUGGGAGCAGGGACGCUCCAUCCACCACAGACCUCAGGCACAGCCUGAGGACUUCCUGACCCCUAGGGAUGAACAGCGGCUGGGGAACAGCCUGCAGGGAGAAUGGAAGCGGGUGCUGGAGCAGCACAAGGCCCAGAAGCAGGCACUGGAGACCCGUGUGGCAGACCUGGGCAUGCGGCUGCAGGGAGCCCAACAGGAGGCCAGGACAGCUGGGCAGCAACUAGCUGCACAAGCCAUGGUGUUGUCUGCCUGCCAAGGCCAGCUGCGCCAGGCUGAGGCAGAGAACGCCCAGCUGCAGUUGCAGCUCAAGAAACUGAACGAAGAGUAUGCCGUCCAGCUGCAGCGCUGUGCCCGAGCCGUGGCCGAGUAUGCGAAAGGCACGGGCCGGGAGCCGGCCGCGGCAACCCUCCGCACAUUCCUGGAGACUACUCUGGAGGACAUGCGAGCAGCGCACCGCCGCCGUGAGCAGCAGUUGGCCCGGGCUGCUCGUGCCUACCGCAAGCGCCUGGCAGAUGUGAGCCGUAGACACGAGGAGCUGCUGGCCGCCCGCAGUGUGCAGCAGGUGCUGGCCGACUCCACUGGGGCACCCGGGACCCCCAAAGCUACUUUUGAUGCAGCCACCUCACACCUGGAGCCACUGUCUCUGCACCUGGUCUCUGAACUUGGCCACCCGGGAGCGGCCCAGGCCAGGCUGGAGACAAAGCUCCAAAAGCUCCAGGCCCAGAAGGGGCCCAAUGAAGCCUCCCAGGGGGGCACGUCAGAGCCGCAGGGCCAGGAAGCUGCAUCCUGGGCCCAGAUCCACCAGAAGCUCCAAGACUUCUCCCGUGGCACCCAGGCGGAGCUGGAACGCGAGCGGGCACUGCUACUAGUACGGGCCACGAUGGCUGAGGAGCAACUUUCUGAGCUACGGGAGUAUGUGGACCAGCACCUCGGCAGGUACAGACAGGAGAUCCUGAGGCUGAGGAAGCUCAUGGGUACAGAGAACGCCUGGAAAGCGGGGGCCACACCUCCAAUCAAGCCCCAGCACCCAAAGACCCAAAGCCACUAGCCAGCUGUCACACUCAGAGCAGAACUCUUCACAGCCAGCAUGGAGCCCCCUCACAGCACCCCCUUGGAGGGGGGGCAGUCAUCCACCUAGCCCGCCACCCAACAAGAGUCAGGACAGAGUCCACCGAGUCUUUAUUUUGUCC